AUGUUAGUCAAAGGCAGGCUUGAGUUUGCCAAGCACCCAGGGUUCUCGACAAGCACAAACCCCUGUGCUUGUGAGAAAUGUUUAUCAGAAGAUGAUCCGUGGUUUAUGCAGCUUUUCAACAGAUCUGUUAAACCAUUUUUGUCAUCAGAAGACAAUCUUUCAGAGGAUGCUUUUAACUGGUGGAAGAAUGAAAGGCGUAACUUCGGUGUCUACAAUAAAACAGUGGACAACCUGUUUCAAAUGUUCCCACCCAGUCCAGAUCUUACAGAACCCAGUCCUGACCGCUGCAGGACUUGUGCCGUGGUGGGAAAUUCUGGCAAUCUGAAGCGAUCAUAUUAUGGACCUCUCAUAGAUUUGCAUGAUGUCAUCAUAAGAAUGAAUGGUGGUCAUACCAAAGGCUAUGAAAGAGAUGUUGGGACCAGAACAACUCAUCAUAUCAUGUAUCCAGAGAGUGCUGUGGACUUAGACAACACCACUCAUCUUGUGCUGGUUCCAUUCAAGAUACAAGAUCUUGAGUGGCUGAUGAAGGCCUUCACCACGGGGUUUUUUGGAGAGUCAUACAUGCCAGUAAAGUCAAACAUCAAAGCUAACAAGGAUUUGGUGAUGGUGAUCAAUCCAGCUUUCAUGAGGUAUGUUCAUGAAAGCUGGCUGGAAAAUAAAGGCGGGUAUCCAUCCACAGGCUUCAUGGCUUUGGAUCUUGCCCUGCAUAUUUGUGAUGAGGUCCAUGUGUUUGGCUUUGGAGCAGACAAAGAUGGAAACUGGAAUCAUUAUUGGGAAAACCUAACAGACAAAAAUCUAAAAACUGGACUACAUCCUGGGACCCAUGAGUAUGACAUUAUCAAGAAGCUAGCUGAGAAACAAAAAUUGAAGUUGUGGUGA